AUGCAUCGUACGAACAAAAAACCGGAUCUAACUGGAACAACAUCAACACCCGUUUCACCAACAUCAUCUACAUCACCCACAUCUAUAUCAUCACCUAUCGCCAUCAUAAAACUAAAGAAUGGUAAUUCUAAAUAUAUUUCUGAACAACGUUCCAAAGCACGUGAUAUUGUAAACGGUUUACUUCGUAAAGAUAUCAAAUUAUUAGCCAUUGAUUUUGAUAAAACAUUUUUAUCUAUACAUACCAUGGGCUAUUGGCAAGGCCAAGUUGAAAAAUUGCUCGAAUAUGUUCGAUCAUCAUUUUAUCAUUUAAUACAAGAAUUACUUGAAACACCAUCAUAUUCACAAACAUUACAUGUAUGCAUUGUAUCAUUCUCAUCACAAGAGCAUUUAAUCAGAAAAUUACUACAAUUAGCAUUUAAAACAUCUAAAACUGAUCGUAUUCUAAUUCGAUGUAACACCGAUGAAUUUAUGUCUUGUAUGGGAACUGAUUGUCAAGAUGGUUCAUCGUUUCUGGGAAAAGAAUAUCAUAUUACAUCUGUAAUUACUGAAAUAGCUACAAAACGAAAUAAAACAAUACAACCACAUGAAGUUCUUCUCCUAGAUGAUGAUGUUGCUAACAUUUUGACUGCUGAAGAAUUUGGACAUAAAGCAUUAGAAAUACGAGAUGAAAUUAAUUUGGAUAUACUAAAAGAUUUUGUUAAUAAUUAUUUAUAA